AUGACUGAAGAAGUAACUCAUGGAGUCUCUCCAGUGGCCACUGCUGUUGUGUUUGGCCUGUUUUCACUGGUGUUUUUAAUAUUGUACAUUCUCAAGUUCAGAAAGAAGCCUAGUUUGCCCCCGCCCACCGAAGGUGGAUCCACUUCCUAUUCUAAUCCCACUAUACACACUCUUGAUGAGACUGAACGGGCUGACGAAUCUGGCGCUAAUGAGAAUGAAGAGGAGGAGGGAAAGAGUAAAAAGCCUCUAAAGGCCAAGCAGAGGAAGAGAAUGGAGAUGAAGGAGGAGAUGAGGCGCCUGAAGGCACUCCAGGACGAGGAGAAGGAGGAGAAGAGGAAGCAGAUGGCCAUGAAACAGGAGCAAAUAGAGGCGAAAAGACUUGAAAGGGAAAAGUUGCUGCAAGAACAGGAGCAGAAGAAGCGCGAAGAGGAGGAAAAGGCAUACCAAGAGCUGGCCUCAACAUUUGUUGUAGAAAGUGAGGGGACGAUCGCCGAGGCCAAUCAGUACACCGUGGACGACUUCAUAAACUACAUCGUGUCAAAAAAGCUCUCCAACGUAGAGGAACUGUCGGUCAGGUUUUCUCUGAAAUCAAACGAGAUAAUUAAAAGGAUCCAGGAGCUGGAGGAGCAGGAUAGGCUGUUUGGGCUCCUUGAUGACCAGGGCAGGUAUAUUCACAUUACUGACGAAGAGGCGGAAGCCGUGAUAAGGUACCUUAAGACAAAGGGCAAGUUGCACAAGCAGAAGGACCUUGUGAACCACUUUAACACGAUCAUUUCACUGGAGUCUAAGUUGGAAUCCACUGCUGUUGACUUGGAAGAUGAUUAG